AUGGGGGUGGGGCCCGGCUCACGUGCUCUGGACGCCCCUGGCCAGGAGCCAAUCCCGGGCGAGCAGCGAGUGUUGACGUUCGCUGAUUGGCCAGGAGCCUCAGCGGCUAUGGUUGACAUGCGCUUCCUUCAGCGCUCAGACGUGGAGAGCUUUGUUAUGGAGCCCAAGAAGGACCACAACGACCUGUUCUCCGGCUUCCACACGGUCUUCAAGUCAUUUGCUACAGAUGCUAUUCACAGCGGACAGGAACCAGAGCAAUGGAAGUCAAUGGCCGUGGUUCCGCCAAUUUCUCUUUCAACCACGUUUAAGCAGAACGGGCCAGGAAACCACGCUGGGUAUGAGUACAGCCGAAGUGGGAACCCAACCAGAAACGUCCUUGAGAAGGCGGUGGCCGCUUUAGAUGGAGCCAAGUAUUGUCUUGCUGUUGCAUCUGGACUGGCUGCUACUGUUACUAUCACUCACAUGCUCAAGGCCGGUGAUGGGAUAGUGUGCAUGGAUGACGUCUAUGGAGGAACAAAUCGCUACUUCCAAAGAGUUGCUUCUCAGUUUGGUUUGGAAAUCAGUUUUGCUGAUUGUACAAAACCAGAGCUGCUCAAGGCUGCUAUUAAGAACAACACAAAAAUGGUGUGGAUUGAGACUCCAACAAACCCAACUAUGAAAGUUGUGGACAUCAGGACCUGCUCAGAGUUAGUCCAUGGCCUUGACAAAGAUAUCAUCGUUGUAGUGGACAACACAUUUAUGUCAGCCUACUUUCAGAGGCCAUUGGCGCUCGGCGCAGACAUUUGCAUGUAUUCUGCAACCAAAUACAUGAAUGGGCACAGUGAUGUAGUAAUGGGUCUUCUCUCUGUCAACGACGAGGCGCUCUAUGACCGACUCAAAUUUCUUCAAAAUGCACUUGGCGGAGUACCAUCUCCUUUUGACUGCUUCUUGUGCAAUCGUGGCCUCAAAACGCUGCAUAUUCGCAUGGAGAGACACUUCAAAAAUGCAAUGGCUGCUGCUAGAUUUUUGGAGGCAGAUUCCAGGGUGGAGCGUGUCAUCUUUCCAGGUCUCCCCUCCCAUCCACAAUAUGCUGUUGUGAAGAAACAAUGCACUGGAUGCCCGGGAAUGAUCACCUUCUACAUUAAGGGCAAGCUCGAACAUGCGAGUACCUUCCUCAGCAACCUCAAACUGUUUGCAGUUGCAGAGAGUCUGGGGGGAUAUGAAAGUUUAGCCGAGCAUCCGGCUAUCAUGACCCAUGCAUCAGUACCUGAGAAGGAACGGGCUGUGCUUGGAAUCAGUGACACGCUGAUCAGACUCUCUGUGGGGCUGGAGGACGAGGACGAUAUCAUCGAGGAUAUUGAUCAAGCACUGGCUGCUGCUCACCCAGAGAAGAAGAAGUGA